CGCGGGGCCCGCGGGGCCGCUCCGCUCCGCUCCCGCGGCGCCGCUGCCGGUGCCGGUGUCGGUGCCGCGGUGUCGGUGCCGCGGAGCGGGCGCGCAGGGGCGGGCGGACGGACGGACGGACGGACGGACGGACGGACGGACGGACGGACGGACGGGCGGGCGGGCGGGCGGAGGCGCAGCAUGAGCGCGCGCCCUCCCGCGGCCGCCGGCGCAGCGCCCCCGCGCCAUGGAGGGAUUCCCCGCCCGCGGGUACGGCACCGGCGGCGCGGACAACCGGCCGCUCUUCGGAGAGACCUCGGCCAGGGACAGAAUCAUCAAUCUAGUUGUUGGUGGCUUAACAACCUUGCUGCUUGUAGUCACUCUAAUCAGUGCUUUUGUCUUCCCGCAACUACCUCCAAAACCUGUGAAUGUAUUUUUUGCUUUCUGCAUCUCCUUGUGUUGCAUUUCUGCUGGCAUUCUUAUCUACUGGUAUCGACAAGGAGACCUGGAACCCAAAUUUAGAAAUCUGAUUUACUACAUAUUGUUUUCUAUUGUCAUGUUAUGUAUAUGUGCCAACCUGUACUUCCAUGAAGUGGGUAAAUGAAGGACAUUGGGAAUACCCAGCAAUGAUGCUGCUGUGUCAGACUGCUUCCAGCUCAGCUCUCAGCUCUACUCGAGACAUUUAAGUGAGAACCACCAGCCUGAGAGGAAAGAAGUGGGUUGUGCAAGGAUAAAUCAGUACAUGAUUUUCAUGUAAAUGUAUAUGUAAUGUCCCUCUUGUUGGGGAGAAUUAUUGCCAUAAGACGUGACAUUCUGCUUUUUUUUGAAGAGCUACUGUUGCGCUUAAUGAACAUUCCAGUUGUACUGAUGUUUCAGAAUGGCACAAGCUUUUUCAUUUUGGAAAAAAACUGCACUUUUUUUUAUUACUGUACAAAUAAACUGCAGCACUGAAAGGAUCUGUGGCAGUAUAAAUAAAUGGCAUCUUACAGUCAAGUAAGACAAAUACUCUUUAUUUUGUUGAAACUGAAUAUACAAUUAUUUCUGUUCCCUAGGCAACCAUUUAAAACUACAACUUAUUUUUCACAUUAACAAAACCACAGACUGAAAAAGACCAACUCUUGAUUAUGAAGAGCUAAUUACAGAAAUAAAUAAAAUAAUUUAUACAAG